CCUCAAAUGUGAUUAACUAUGGGAUGUGCCAUUUUCGUCAAGUAACCUCAAAAGUCUCAAAGGGAUUUUAAGGAGCCAUUAAAAAAAAAAUUUGCUUCAGAGGGCUAUUCAAACUUCUCGAGCCCCUGCGCCCCCCUAGCGAUGCCACUGCCCAUCAUAUUUGGCAUUAUUAUGUUAUAAAUUUAAGCGCCUUCUUUUUUAUUAUGACGGCACUCUUAAAGAACCGGUUAGAAAAAUUCAAAUUUCUAUAAUGUCUGAAGAAAGUGAUGAAGAGAUUGGGCCACAAUUGUGUGAGGCAACAUUUCCUCAACCAAAAAAACUAAAAAAAUUGGAGUUUGAAUCUUUAUAUUUAAAUGAAUUACCUAAUGCCAAAUGUUAUGAGCUUAGUUAUAUGCAUCGAGAUGUGGUAACACACAUUAAUGUCACAAAAACUGACUUUAUUAUAACUGCAAGUCAAGAUGGGCAUAUUAAAUUUUGGAAAAAAGGUGAAGAAGGAAUUGAGUUUGUAAAACAUUUUAAAGCACAUUUGAGUGGUAUUUUGGAUGUAUCUGUUAGUUAUGAUGGGGCUUUAUAUGCUACUGUGUCAGAAGAUCAAGCUAUGAAAAUAUUUGAUGUUAUAAAUUUUGAUAUGAUUAACAUAUUUAAAUUUGAUUAUAUACCAAUAACAUGUGAGUGGAUAUAUAUUGCAAAUGAUCCUUUGAAAGGAAUUGCUGUUUCUCAUUCAUUGAAGCCAUACAUUUAUAUAUAUGAUGGCUAUGGCGAAAAUGUUCCUAUACAUGUUUUUGAAAAUCUACAUCGUAAUCCUAUUAUUAAUAUAUCGUUUAACCCUAUAUAUGAAAUUGCUCUCUCAAUAGACAAUGCAGGCAUGAUUGAAUAUUGGACUGGCCCAAAAAAGGACUUUAUAGAUCCGAUUGCCAAUAACAAGAAAAACUUUCUUCAUUUUUCUCACAAAACAGAUACAGACCUUUAUGAAUUGGCCAAAUAUUGCAAUUCGAACAAUACCAAAGUUUGUAUAUGUAGUUCUAAACUAUCCUUUUCGCCUGAUGGAAAGCUUUUUGGCUUAGUUUCCUUAAAUGAAGAGAAAGUUAGAAUUUUUAGGUUUGACACAGGAAAACUGUGGAGAGUUUAUUCAGAAGAUAGGGGUUCUCUUAGUGAAGCAGCUAACAAUCAAAAAUUACCUCUAGGCACAACAAGUCUUGAACUCAACCGGCGUUUAGCUAUAGAAAGAGAGCUUCUUUCCCCUUAUUCACAUAACACUCCUAACGAUAAUGAUAAUUCUCUCGAUCUUGAAGCCAUUAUGUUACCACGUACCAACAAUUUGGUCUUUGAUUCUAGCGGAAAUUUUGUCAUCUAUUCCACUAUCCUGGGAAUCAGGAUUCUCAACUUGAUAACUAACAAGUGCUCGAGAAUGCUUGGUGUGCAAGAUAACUUACGGUUUUUGAACAUAGCUCUUUUCCAGGGUAGGGCUAGUGCUAGUAAAUAUCUGGAAAGCAGUGUGCCAGAUCCUGUGGCAUUAGAGAUUGAGGCCUUAUCCGAUGAAUCAAAGCCCCGAAAAAAUGAUCCCGUUAUCUUUGCCACUGCUUUCCGCAAAAAUAGAUUCUACAUUUUUUCGAAUCGGGAGCCCAACGAGGAUAUAACUAUGGGCAUUGAGAGGGACAUUUUUAACGAAAAACCGACUAAAGAGGAUAUGUUGGCAGUUCCAGAAAUAAUGGCCUCUGGCGGUAUUAACUCACUCAGUAACGGUGAAUCACUUUCUACCUCCGCAGUACUCCACACAACUUUGGGAGAUAUUCAUUGCAAGUUGUAUGCCAAUGAUUGCCCCAAAACCGUUCAAAAUUUUUGCAUUCAUGCACGGAAUGGUUAUUUCAAUGGCCACAUUUUCCAUAGGGUUAUAAAGGGAUUCAUGAUUCAAACAGGUGACCCUACAGGCACUGGAACUGGCGGGGAAUCAAUAUGGGGCCACGAAUUCGAAGACGAAAUAGUUGCCCAUCUUAGGCACGAUAAACCCUUUACGUUGAGUAUGGCUAACGCUGGGCCCAACACUAAUGGAUCCCAAUUUUUUAUCACUGUUGUGCCUUGUUCAUGGUUGGAUAAGAAGCACACGAUAUUUGGUUUGGUGACAAGGGGAAUGGACGUUGUUAAUAAAAUUAAUAAUGCCAACACAGAUCCAGAUACUGAUAAACCUUAUGAUGAUGUAACAAUAAUAAGUGUGUCAUUGAAAUAAAAAUUCCUUCCACAAAACGUCUAUCUGAAAAAGGAAUAUAUUUGAUUGGAAAGGCUGUGUUUUAAAACAAAAUUAGAUUUAAUCAUGAAUGCAUUUCAUUAAAACGUAUUUUUAAAUAAACGAUUGAUUUUUAAAAAUAAAUUCAAGAUUAUUGCACAACCUUGAAAUAAAUAGAGUAUUUUAAAGAAGUUUUGUUCAUUGUUUUUUUUUAAAUUUAAUGGAAAUAUUUUUGUAUAAAAUGCAAUUUUUUUUAAAAUAUAAUCCUUACAUAUAUAUAUAUUAUCGCUAUAAAAACCAAUAAUUAUAAAUGUAAAUCCUAACGUGCCCUCAAAAAUUUAUCGCGCAAUUGUAAUUA